AUGGCAUUGUCAAAAUGUUGCAUAUCAGGCUUCAACUGGGAUGGUAAGCCGACCGGAAAGGAAAUCGAGCUUGCCGGCUUCAACACGUACGUGACCGGAUCGAAUAAAGAAGCAGCUGUGCUGUAUAUCCACGAUAUCUUUGGCUGGACGUUUACAAAUGCUCGCCUAUUAGCAGACCACUAUGCCAACGAGGCUGGAGUGACUGUUUAUAUUCCUGACUUCUUUAGCGGUGAAGUAGUCACACCAGAGACACUGGACAGCCCCGAGAAACAGGCCGCCUUCGACUUUGGUGCGUUUCUUGGUCGUCACGGCAAGGAUAAACGCGGUCCAGAGAUCUUCGCAGCCGCCAAAGCAUUGAAGCAGAACAUCGGAUACAAGAAACUCGGUGCUAUUGGGUUCUGUUAUGGCGGUUGGGGAACCUUGCAGCUUGCUGGGAAAGGGAACAACCUCAUCGAUGCUGCCAUUAUUGCUCAUCCAGGCAUGCUGGAAGAAUCUGAGAUUGAUGCCAUUUCGGUUCCAAUCCAGAUCAUCGCUCCCGAGAACGACUUUACUUACUCGCAAGAAUUGAAAGACUACUCAAACAAAGUUAUUCCCACCCUUGGUGUCGAAUAUGACUAUCAGUACUUCCCAGGCUUGGAGCACGGCUUCGCCACUCGGGGGGAUCCAAACAACCUGGUCCAGAAGAAGGGUCUGGAGCGCGCGAAGAAUGCCGCUGUACAUUGGCUCCAGCAGCAUUUAGGUGUAUAG